GUGAUUUGGGCCUGCUUCCUGUCUUCUCUGCAUCCUCCAUUUUUUGUCUUGCCGUUAUACCCAGCUUUCGAGAAAUGUCAUUAGAUCGUUGGUUAGCGGUGUCGAUACCGUGCCCGUUGUAUGUACCCCCCUCAGGAAGUGAUGGACUCCGGGCAUCCAUCUAUGGGGAGACGAAGGCUUUGGCCUUGGCUGGGAGCCUGGCUCCGGAGAUCUAUGUGCUUGGAUGGGCUGUUUUGAUGGCGAGGUACCAAGGCUCUGUGAGUCUCAUACUGAACAGUCAACUACAGCCAAGCGAUGGAAAGUCUCUUUCAUUGGAAGUGGACUUGUCGCCGUCCGCCUCGAUUGGAGUCGCUAUUGACGCUAUCGCUCGAGGAAUACUCCCAAUAGACGUCGUAAAUCCCGAAUCAGGCACUACAAGGGAUACCAGCAGACCAUCAACAAGCUUUCUCCUACCGUGGAAGCAUCCACGCAAGCGGAGGAGUCGAGAUCUCCCGUCACCUGCUAAGAACGACGUGCUCCAACUGCGACUGGAGCAGCAGAGGAAAGGAUGCGCCUGCCGAGCCGUCUACGACGAGUCCAGAUGCAAUCCCCGUGAUGCACAGCGAAUUGUCCAGCAGUUUGUGCACGUUGCGCAGGAGCUGCGUAAGAUCGGCCGGGAUUCUACACUCCAGCAAGCUUUCACCCUCAGCUUGAACGACAAGCGUCAGCUGUUGAGAUGGAACUCCUGCCCACCACCCCCAAUUGACAGGUGCUUUCAGGAUCUGUUCAUGGCGCAGGUGCAAUUAGACGGCGGACGAGCCGCUGUGUCAGCGUGGGACGGGGAGCUCACAUAUAAGCAACUCGAUGAACUCUCCUCUCUGCUGGCGGCCGAGUUGCAGCAAGAGAAGGUGUUACCAGGGACGAUUGUCCCGUUGCUCUUCGAAAAGUCCUACUGGAUGACGGUCAGCAUGCUGGCGGUAGUCAAGAUCCGCGCCGUCGCGGUCUGUCUAUGCAGCACCCACCCCGACGAGGCCAUUGAAGCCAUUCUCAAGCAAGCUUGCCCUCCUGUCAUUAUGGCUUCGGAAACGCAAGCGACACGGCUGCACCAGAUGGGUCGUGAUCGGGUCAUUAUCCCACAGUCCUGCACUUACCCUUCGACUUCUCCUUCCUCCCCGAUUAUAUUUACCCCGGCGAAUCCGGAAGAUGUCGCUUUCAUCGUCUUCACGUCCGGUAGUACGGGCACCCCGAAGGGCAUUGUUCUUAGCCACCGCGCCAUCAGCACCGCCGGCCAUUAUGUCGGUAAGCGCAUGCAAGUCAGGCCCGACUCACGAGUUCUGCAGUUCUCUUCAUACGCCUUCGACAUGAGUAUUAUUGAGACGUGGCAGGCGUUGACCCGCGGCGCGUGUCUCUGCAUCCCGUCGGAGACUCAACGUUUGAACUCGAUGCCCGACUUCCUUCGAAGUCAUGGAGUCACUUGGGCGUUCUUUACCCCCUCAACCCUAAGAAACUUUGAACCUGCGGACUUCCCAUCCCUGAGGACCCUUGUGAUCGGCGGCGAGAGCAUCGGGCAGGACCUCGUCCGACGAUGGGGCACUCAUGUCCGAAUAUUCAACCUCUGGGGCCCGGCCGAAGUGGGCCCGUCCGGCGCAGGAGAGAUUGUGCCUGCGACAUGGAUUCCAGGCACCAUCGGAACCGCGGCCGGUUGUAUUGCGUGGAUCACGGCGCCCGAUGACAGUGACUGUCUUGCACCCAUUGGCACGGUUGGGGAGGUCGUGAUGGAGGGCGCAGUCAUCGCCGAGGGCUACCUCAAUGACCCAGACCGCACCGCACAGGUUUUCAUUGACCCUCCGAAGUGGCGGUCACAGUUCGAUGAUAUUCCCAUUCAAGGCCCCUUCUUCAAGACGGGCGAUCUCUGCCACUUUAACGCCGACGGCACCUUCCGCUAUCUCAGCCGCAAGGACACCUAUGUGAAGAUCAGGGGCCAGCGCGUCGACACCGAUGCCGUUGAACUGCGCUUCCGCCAGCUGGAGCAAGGCGUUGAGAUUGCCGUCGCAGCUGUGACCUUGAAGAGUGACCAGGGAGCUACGCUGGUAGCAUUUGUCGCUAAUAGUGCUGGCGCCGAGGUCGACUGGAGCGAUAGGCGAAGUAGCCCUAAAUUGGAGACGUUGCCUCCGUCUUGCGCGGCGCUGGCUCGUCGCUAUCAGUCCACUCUCCGCCCACACCUGCCUCUCUACAUGAUCCCUUCGUUCAUUAUCCCGCUUAAGACCUUUCCUCGCACGGCAACUGACAAGGUGGACCGUAAACGGCUCUGUGGUCUGCUCGAGACCCUCACAACAGUCGAACUGACCACCUGGCUCAGUGCGCGGCCAACCUUGUGCCGGGACUCGGAGUCACGAUCUGUUCUGACCGGGUCCGAGCAGCAGAACUCGCUAACUCAGGCAGUCGGAGCAGCCUUUGGGAUCCCAGCCCCCUCAGUCAACCUCGACCUCAAUUUCCUGCACAUGGGAGGAGACUCAGUCACGGCGAUACGGGUCGUUCGAACGCUGGCAAGGGAGAACUGGCAGCUCCGCGUGGAGUACCUCCUGGCUGGAGAUACAACCCUACGCACGGUGGCUGAUAAGCUCGAGCAGGACGAUGCUGGACGGGUUCAACAAUCGACCCCUCGACCUUACAGCCUUUUGGAUAAUAAGAGCAUCCCCACACUACUUCCACUCGCGGCUGAGCAGUGUCAGAUUACCGAGUCCUACAUUGAGGAUAUAUAUCCGACAACCGCGCUCCAAGAGGGGCUUGUCGCAAUUACUGAAACCAGUGGAUCAGAAGCCUACACUGACCGGUUUCUCUUCACUUUGCCCCCCGACUCCGACGUCAACCAGGUCAGGAAGGCAUGGGCGACUGUUGUGCAGACCACCACUAUCCUCCGGACGCGCAUUAUGCAGGCGACGAAUGGCCAAACUUACCAAGUUGUGUGCAAACCCGACUUGACUAUCCCGUGGCAGUCCGCCGAUUCCGUAUCAGAAUUCCUCCACCACGAUCAGAGUCGACCAAUGGGACUGGGCUCACCACUGAUCCGCUUGGCCCUUAUUCAGUCGUCUACUGACAGUUUCCUGGCGCUGACCCUACACCACGCGAUAUAUGACGGUCCCACGUUGCACUUGUGCAUUCAACGGGCAGAACAGGCCUACCGGGGGCAGCAAUUGCCGCGCAGUGACUUCGUCCGCUUCAUUCAUCAUCUCACCCAAACCGCCACGGACGUGGACACGGCUCGGACGUUCUGGCAAAAAGAAACACUGCAUCUCAGCAGUGUACUGUUCCCCAAGCAUCCCUCACCCGAGCAUGCUCCCCGCGCCACCUGCGCAGUCCAUCAUGACAGCCCGCGUGCCGCUGCAUCCAAGUCGUUGCCGCUGGCCAGUCCCACGGCCAAAGUGCGGCUGGCCUGGGCCCUUCUUCUCAGUCUGUACACCGGUUCAGAGGACGUUGUCUACGGUGCGGUGGUGGACGGACGCCGGGCUCCUUUGGCCGACAUCGGGAGCAUCGCAGGCCCAACCAUAGCGACGUACCCAGUGCGUCUUCUCCUCCAGCGCGAGCAAACCGUCCACCAGGCUGUUUCCCACGUCCAGGACAAGAUCCACGCCACUACCCCAUUCGAGCAGACCGGCUUGCAGCAGAUCCGCCAGAUGGGCCCCGAGGCCGAAACGGCCUGUAAAUUCCAGAAUCUGCUCAUCGUGCAGGCGGAAGACACCCUCGCGCCGUCGCCGAUCUUCGGCCCUGUCGAGGAGCAUCUGGGCGCGCUGAACAGUUUCCCGGGCUAUCCCAUGAUCCUGCUGUGCACGCCGACCAAAGGUGCCUGGAAAUUUGAAAUGCUGGUGGACGAAGAGGUGCUAGCCCGCAACCAGGCGGAGCACAUGCUGUUUCAGCUGGGACACCUCUUGCAGGAGUUGGAUAAUGUUCACAACCAGGAUACGCCGCUGUCUCAGCUGAACCUGGUCUCCGCGCAGGAUAACGCCAUGCUCACGAAGUGGAACGGCUGCCCUCCCGUGCAGGCCUCAGCCUCGAUUCCGGACCUGAUCCAAGCCCAGGUUGGACAAAGUCCACGAGCGUGCGCCAUCUCCGCCUGGGACGGGGACUUGACCUACCAGCAGGUCGAGGACUAUAGCAUCCGGCUCGCGCUGCAGCUUGACCCUCUCGUCCGCCGCAGUGGCGCGCAGUUCGUUCCGAUCUUCUUCGAGCGGUCCAAAUGGGUGCCCAUCGCCAUGCUGGCCGUCUCGAUGGUCGGGGCGGCCUUUGCGCUGCUGGAUCCCACUCAUCCGCAGGAGCGCAACGCGCAGAUCUGCGGCGCCGUCGGCGCCACCGUGGGAUUGACCUCGCCCAGCCAGCUGAAACUGGCCGGGACGAUCACCGACGCAGCGUGGAUCGUCGUGGGCGACAAGAGCUUCCGCCCUCCCCCGCAGGCCAACGGGUAUGGGUAUCCAGCCCGACUGCCUUCGUUCCCUGCGCCGCACGACUUGCUGUACGCCGUCUUCACCUCCGGAUCCACCGGAACCCCCAAGGGCGUGCUGAUCGAGCAUGGCGCGUACUGCUCGGCCAUUGCCGCACAGCAGCCCAAGCUGGGCAUCACGGCCCACUCCCGCGUCCUCCAGAUCUCCUCCUAUGCGUUCGACUCCUUCGCGGUGGAGAUCCUGACCGUCCUCGCCAGCGGCGGAUGCGUCUGCAUCCCCUCCGACGAGGAGGUCGCGGGGGAUCUGGGCGGGGCCGUGCAGCGGUUCCAGGCCAAUUGGCUGUGCAUCACUCCGUCGAUGCUGCGGCUGCUCACGCCGGAGGCCGUGCCGUCGCUGCGCACGGUCGUCGCGGUGGGCGAGUCUAUGCUCCCCGGCCAGAUUGCCCAGUGGUGCGAGCGCGUGCAUCUCCUGUGCGGCUACGGUCCCACCGAAUGCUGUACGGGGGCGACGGCGCAGCGCAUCACCGCCAGCAAGAUGGACCCCCGGAUCAUCGGGACGGGCAUGGGCUGCCUGCUGUGGGCGGUGCACCCGGACGACGUGAACACCCUGAUGCCGGCCAACACUGUGGGCGAGCUGGUCCUGCAGGGUCCGAUCGUCGGCCGAGGGUACCUGAACGACGCGGCCAAGACGGCGGAGUCGUUCCUCGACCCCCCGGCGUGGGCGGAGAAGUUCCACCCCCAGGGCGCGAGGAUCUAUCGCACCGGCGACCUGGUGCGUCUGAACCUGGACGGCACCUGCAGCUUCCUGGGGCGCAAGAACCAGCACACUAAGCUCCGCGGCCAGCGGCUGGAUCUGGCCGACGUCGAGCGUCACCUCCUGCGCGCGUUUGGCCCGGAGGCCAACGGCAUGGCGGCGGUCAUCCGCCCGUCGGGCAGUGGGACGACCCCCUGUCUCGUCGCGUUCGUGCAAAUGGCCGAGCUUCCCGGGUCCGGGUCAGAAGUCGUCAAUGGAGGAGCAUCGUCCCAGAAUGCCCUCUUCAGGCAGCAGACCCCCGAGUUUCAGGCCCGAGCGCGCCACGCCCGCGACGAGCUCCGUCUCACCCUGCCGGCCAUCAUGGUGCCGGAACUGUACCUCCAGGCGCUGGACCUACCGCUCAUGGUAUCGGGUAAGGUGAAUCGACGCCUGAUCGAGAGUCAAUGUGCCGAGCUGGGCGCGCGAGAUCUGCAUGCGCUGGGAUCGCUGGAGCGCACCGAUGGGCAUGCCGCGGAGGAGCUGCUGCGUGAACAUCACGAGCCAGUCGCUUGGGCGAUAAGCCAGCAUAUCGCCGGAAUUAUAACAAGGAAAACGGAGCGGGACGAGCUGGCCGCGUCAGUCGCGGGUCGCAAUGUCGACCUGUCGCGCCUCAACCUGGACUCCAUCGAUCUCAUGGCCUUGUCGCAAUUCGUACACCGAGAGUAUCAGCAGAGGCUUCCUAUGGCGACGCUCUUUCGGAGUGGUCUCACCGUCCGUGAGGUCGCGGAGAUGAUUACGGACGAUGGCACAGACGGGCUCAGUGAUACCAAUACCAGCGAUGUUAGCAAUGGAACGAACAUCACCGACAGCACCAACAGCACUAAUGAGACUCCAUCCACGCCGUCGUGGUGGAGGAAAGUAGCCGCAGCGCUCCAAGAGGUGCGCGAUUUACCCGGCACCGACGACUUGGCCACAGACCUCCCACGCGGCAAGACCGUCUUCCUGACCGGGGGGACGGGAUACUUGGGAACGCACAUCUUGCGGCAGCUGGUGCGGGACCAUCGCGUUGCGACGGUCUAUGUUCUGGUCCGGGCAUCCAGCCCUCAAAGCGGGCUUGCACGGAUCAUCCAAGCCGCGCGCACGGCUCGCUGGUGGCAGGACGACUAUCGCCGCGUCAUCGAGGCAUGGCCGGGAGACCUGGCUCAGUCGCGCCUGGGGCUGUCGGCAGCAAACUGGGGGGUGCUCUGUGGCGAAACCGUCGACGCCAUCAUCCACAACGGGGCCGUCGUCCACUGGGGGUAUGACUACGAAGUCCUCGAGUCGGCCAACGUCGGGAGUACGCUGCAGCUGCUGCAGACGCUGAGACCUUCGUCGAAACCGGUCAGCUUCACCUAUGUCUCUGCUCUGGUGUCCGGGGACGACGCCCAGUCGUCAGAUUCAGACGCGCAUACACCGCCGCCUGAUAUCCCGGACGGUUACACACGCACCAAGUAUGCCUCCGAGCUGCUGAUGACGGAGUUCGCACGCUCUCGCCCCUCCCAUCGACUGAAGAUCGUCCGUCCGGGAUUCAUCAUCGGAUCUGUGAACGACGGAGUGGCCAACGUAGACGACAUGCUUUGGCGUGUCGUGGCUACUGCGAUGACGACUGGGACCUACAACGCCAGCGAGCCGGAUUCGUGGCUCUUUGUCUCGGCCGUGGACUGGGUCGCCAACCUGAUCGUCUACGAAACGCUUCACGCGGCUCCAGCACCAUCGUCGCCCGGGUCCACCGUGGCCCGCAUCUCCAUGACAGAUGGCCUCUCCAUGCGGGACUUCUGGCAAGCAGUGUCGCUCGGGCUAGGCCGGAAGCUCAAGCCCUGCCCCGUGUCGUCGGAGUGGAUGGCAAUGCUGGAGGAGCAGAUCGAUGUCGUUGGCGCCUCGCAUCCCCUCCUGUCGGUGAUGGACUUCCUACGCAGCACCGGCGGCUGCCUGGGAACGCCUCCAGCGUCCUCAUCUUCCGAGGCGUCGCCACUCCCCGUGCCCACGGUCCAGGCAGCCUCGCUGACGAACAUGAUCUGUCAGGCGGUGGUGCGCAACGCCGAAUACCUGGCCUCGCUGGAGGGGUUCGCUGCUGGAAGUGGCCUCCACUCGUCGGCGGUCUUCACCCGUCGGAAUAAAAUUGUUGUUAGUGGGGAGCAAAAGGCUGUCUGAUCGCUGUCGAAUGCUUCGCAAUCUGUUUGGUUCUUGAUAUCUAGUAUUUCGGGUUGAUCUCUAAUCAAGCGUG